UUGAAACGGAAGUAUUAUAUCAGUACCCGACGUACACAAACAUUCCAGCUACACGUGGAUGGUGGGGCUGAUCCUCUUCCUGUCAUUCCUCCAUGUGUGUUUCCCCUUAGUGCCUGGCAUGGCUGAAGAGGGUUUCACCCCUGCCCGGCACUUACGGAGCCCCAUGCUGAGGGCUGUGUACAACAGACUCCAAGAGGACCAAAGACAUCAGAAUGACCAGCACGAAUAUUGGUAUGCUAUCAACACUACAGAGUUACCUGAAGAUUUGUGUAAAAAGGCGAUACAGUUCUACCAAGAUGAAGACACCAGCAAUUUUCUUGACAACUGUUACGAGAAAGCUGAUUGGAUAUUUACUCAAAUAAGCCACUCCCUCUCCAAGUCCCUACUCAGCUGGUUCAUGACAGGAACCUCGGUAAAUGGGUUGUUACAGCGAGGCUCAAUGUUUGUCUUCUCCGAUUCCCAGCUUCAGCAGCUCCUACAGAUUGACGAUUCGUACCGAGGCCGCAGUAUGAUAGACCUAGGGGCAGGCGAUGGUCUGGUGACAGACAAAAUGGCCAAGUAUUUCGAGACAGUAUAUGCAACAGAAGUAUCAACACCUAUGAGGUGGCGCCUUCAGAACAAGGGUUACACAGUACUUGAGAUUGACCAAUGGGGAGAUGGCAGUAUGAAGUAUGAUUUGAUUGGCUGUCUCAACUUAUUAGACAGAUGUGAUAAGCCUAUUACAAUCCUCCACACAAUCAGAAAGUCACUCACCCCAUCUGGGCGAGCCAUUGUAGCAGUGGUACUUCCCUUCCGUCCUUAUGUAGAACAGGGUACAACUGACCACAAACCUACAGAAAAUAUAAUGAUACAAGGAAAGACCUUUGAAGACCAGUGUAAAAGCUUCGUAGAGAGUGUGUUUGAGCCUGCUGGGUUUGAGGUGGAGAAGUUCUCCAGACUUCCCUAUUUGUGUGAAGGAGACAUGCACCAGUCAUUUUACAUGCUACAAGACGCUGUGUUUGUUCUCAAGCUCAAAGAGGAGGGAUGAUCAUUUAUAUAUAAGCUUAUGUUAUUUUAAACCUCAGUUGUUUCAUUGACGAUGCCAGAAAAGUGUUAAGCUUUUAAGAUCUGAUUUGACAGUAUCUAUUGAAUGGUUGUGACAAAUGCUCUAUUAGGCCUAGCUCAGACUGUGUCAAGAAUCAUAAGCCUAUAGACACAAGAAGUGAGAAUGUUUGAAAUUGAUGUAUUUUUCAACAUUGCUAGCAAAUAUUCCAAUCUUUUUGUGAUAUUUAUCUGGAAGUGAUCCCAGAAUUGUUUUCAAUCCUUAUAAUUGAGAAAAUAUCGUCCGUAAAUAUUGGUAUGGUGAAGUAUCGAAUGAAACGAGGACAUUAUAUUGAAGUGUUGAGUGUAUUAAUAAUUUCACAAAUAGCCUGAAUUUUAAUUGCAAAAUACUAACUGACAGGAACUUAAUGUGAAAAAAAGUAUAUUUAAUAUUGUGUAAAUGAUUUAGUUGUAUGCAAGGGGUAAGAGGUAAUUAAAUUAACUGUAUGGGUUUUUGGAAUGUCCAGAUUUCAGCAUCCUCGAUAUCCAGUGGUAAUGCUGACAUUCGCUCUCUUAACCCCUGAAAAUUGAAGGCACAAAGAUAGCUGUUUAAUUGGUCUCGGGUAAAAAAAAAAAGAGGACCAAUCGAUAGGCUGAUACCUGUCCUUUGAAGAUUACAAAGGAGAGAUGCCCGACUUCAAAGCCUGUCAAUGUUUACGGUUACGUGACUGCGAGAUUGUUUUGAUGUAUAUCAAAGGAUCGAACUAGACUUCU